AUGAGUAAUAGAUGUCAUGGCCCUCAUCCAGCCCAUCUCUCCUAUUCUCAAUACUUAAGCAUCAGUGCUGCCGACUUGCGUUGCAUCUCCACGAGAAAUGUAACCUCGCACAAUCCGGAGUGUCUCCUCGAAGCUAAAUAUCCUGGCGACAUGUCUUACUCGAUGCAGCGAUAUAUUGAGGAUGGUUCACGACCAUGUGAUAUCCGCAGAGUCUUGAAGGAUGUCGACUGGUAUUGUAAUCUACAGCCUGUAUCACAUAAGUAUGGCGAGGUAGCUCAUGGUGGUGCUGGUAUGGGUGGUGUAUGGACAUGGUUUUGA